GGCUCUCCAGACCCCUGGCCCCUCCGCGCAUUCCCGGCCGCUCUGGCUUAGGUGAGGCCUCCCAGGCAGUGCGACUCUGGUUCGGGCAGCAUGUCUGAGAAGCGGCAGACAGAGGACGCCGGAACCCGCCGACUCCCCAACUCCUUCAAUGAUAGUCCAAGUAAGGGCCUUGGACCUUGUGGAUGGAUUUUAGUGGCUGUGUCGUUCUUAUUCACACUUGUAACUUUCCCAAUAUCAAUAUGGAUGUGCAUAAAGAUUAUAAAAGAGUAUGAAAGAGCCAUCAUCUUUAGAUUGGGUCGUAUUUUACAAGGAGGAGCCAAAGGACCUGGGUUGUUUUUUGUUCUGCCAUGUACUGACAGCUUCAUCAAAGUGGACAUGAGAACUAUCUCAUUUGACAUCCCUCCUCAGGAGAUCCUCACUAAGGAUUCCGUGACGGUUAGCGUAGAUGGUGUGGUCUAUUACCGUGUUCAGAAUGCAACACUCGCUGUGGCAAAUAUCACCAACGCUGACUCUGCAACCCGUCUUCUGGCACAAACUACUCUGAGGAACGUUCUGGGCACCAAGAACCUCUCUCAGAUCCUUUCUGACAGAGAAGAAAUUGCACACAACAUGCAGUGUACUCUGGAUGACGCCACUGAUGAGUGGGGAAUAAAGGUGGAGCGUGUGGAAAUUAAGGAUGUGAAACUACCUGUGCAGCUCCAGAGAGCUAUGGCUGCAGAAGCAGAAGCAUCCCGGGAGGCCAGAGCCAAGGUCAUUGCAGCUGAAGGAGAAAUGAAUGCAUCCAGGGCUCUGAAAGAAGCUUCCAUGGUCAUCACUGAAUCUCCGGCAGCCCUGCAGCUCCGAUACCUUCAGACACUCACCACCAUCGCUGCUGAGAAAAACUCAACGAUCGUCUUCCCUCUGCCCAUAGAUAUGUUGCAAGGCAUCAUAGGGGCCAAACACUGAGCCUUGAGGUAGAUGAGCUCCACCCUUCAAGGGUGAAGCGAGGGACCAAAUUAGCCUUUAACUCAUAAGGAGAGGGUGGGGCAGGGAACCUUGAAUAUUCUCCCUCUUUCCUCUUUCAUAUGUCAAGUAUAAUGUUCUUAGGUUGUACAGUAAUCAUGAAAGCAGAUAAAGGAAUUGUUAGCUUGUAAACAGAGAUGUGAUUUAUAUAAGUAAACUCUUGUUCUUUAUGAAA